AUGGAAGUGCAUCACGACAAGGCAUUUGAAUGGCAAACUGUGCUUUGCGAGGGCUUCGUGUUCAUCUAUACCCAUGCUGUCUGCCUCAUUACGCAAGUCAUAUUCGACAACUUCUUUCUACAUUCGCUUCCUUUUGCUAAGAUGAGGACUCUUUCGUACUUGAACUAUGCACUUCUUGCAUGUGCGCCUCUCGUCGACGCUCACCCAGGCAUGGGCGAGAAGAUGAUGUUUGAGAUGAAGCGCGCCGCAAACAAGGAAAAGCGAGCAUCCUCAAAAGAGCUUAUUGGCGAUCUGGCAACUCUGGCCGACUCCAAGCUUACCUCCAUUGGCAAGGACAUCAAGGCGAUCAUCACCGACCAGAAGAGCGGAGAGUCACAAGAGCGUGACACAUCCAUCCCAGCUGGAGCUAUCGGCAGCGCAGCAUGCAAAGCCGACCUUUGCUGUCACUGGAAAUGGCUCUCCUACGAGAUGACAGCCAAGUUCAACGGCACCUCCGGCCGUUGUAACAAAUUCGCCCGUCAAGCCGUCCGUCUCGGCUUCCACGACGCAGGCGUAUGGUCCAAGACAGCCGGCUACGGCGGCGCAGAUGGCAGCCUCCUCCUCAGCAACGAAAUGUCGCGCACCGACAACAACGGGCUCUCCCAGAUCGCCGAGCAAACCAAAAAAUGGUACACCAAGUACAACCAAUACGGCCUCUCCAUGGCCGACAUCAUCCAAUUCGGCGCCAACGUCGCCACCGUCGUGUGCCCGCUGGGCCCACGCAUCCGCACCUUCGUCGGACGCAAGGACAACAGCAAAGCCGGGCCCACCAGCCUCCUCCCCACCGAAACCGACUCCGCGGACGCCCUGCUCAAGCUGUUUUCCGCAAAGACCAUCGACGCGCAUGAUCUCGUUGCGCUGGUGGGCGCGCACACGACGUCGCAGCAGCACUUUGUCGACACGACGCGCAGCGGGGAUCCGCAGGAUAGCUCGCCGGGCGUGUGGGACAUGGCGUUUUACCCACAGACGAGUAACACGAGUCCGCCGCGUGUGUUGAAGUUUCAGAGCGAUGUGAAUCUGAGCAAGGAUAGUCGGACGAUUGGCGAGUGGCAGGAGUUCAGUGAUCGGAACAGUGGGCAGAAUCAUUGGAAUGAGGUGAGUUUGAAUGACUAUGCGAAGGCGUAUACGAGGCUGUCUAUGCUGGGGGUUAAUAAUAUCAAUGAUUUGAAGGAGUGCACGAAGGUUUUGCCGCCGGCGCGCACGUCGUUUGUUAAUGAGGAUCAGGUUGUUUUGGAUAUGUGGUUGCAGGGACAGUUUGAUCAGCUGAACGAUAUGGUUGAUGAUGCUAUACAGCUUACCGGUGUGGUCAGCGGAUGA